UGUCAGUGUGAGAAAAACCGCUAUCCGAUCGAGCGACCGAGCGCCGUCGCCGAGCGGUUCUUCAGUUCUGUGUUGUCUGUCGAUUCGGUCGUGUGUGUUGCGUUUCCCGUGCGUACUACAAUCGUCUCGCCUGCGGUGCCCGCGGUUUCCCUCCCUCUCUGACCAUCAUCGUCCAUCUAUAAUUGCCUGCGCCCUUACCAGUAUUAUUCGCUUUUCAAUAGUGGAUUACAGGCUGUAAUUGCAACAAUCAUCGGGAAAUCGAUCAAAAUCGGAACAUUCCGAGUCGGAUUUAGACAGUGUAGUCGCGAACGGGUUCGGAAGAUUUUUGGUUACCCCUCGCCCCCUCCAGAAUCAUUCCAGAAAGUGACACAUCUUCCCGUUUUUUUUUUUGUGUGCGGACGUCGGGCGGUGACUUGCCGAAGAAAUUUUGAGUGUGAAAAUAUUUACCCCGGGAGUGAGAAUUUCGGUGCGUAUUUUUGUGUAACAUCAAAAUCAUCGUGGUUGUGACGCGAAUUAUUCUUGAGGGUCAACGAAAGUGGAAGAAAAAGAAAAGUUUGUCACACAACACUCAGGAUCGCCACGGAGGAGGACGGCUAGUUGUAUAGGGACACCGUGCAGUGACAGUACAGUGAUUGUAAAUUGAAACAAAAAAAAAAAUCAAGCUCCUGUAUUUCGCGUGCUUUUCACCGCAGUCUCGUCGUUCACGUUGUGGUGUUUGGUGUUGUGUGUACUGUGCAGUCGACCGACCAGCCAGGCUGCGACUAAACAAGCAUCAUCAUCGGAGUGUGGCUAAUGGACUAGCUAGUGACUAGUGAUCGCGUGUCGUAAAUCCGCGAGUAAAAGUUCGAAAGCUUUUCCGAUUUUCCGAUAUUUUGGAAGGUGAAUCUGCGGGGCCCACCAGAGGAGGAAGUAGCAGCAGCACCAGCAGUAAAACAAGCCCCGAAUUGCCUUGGGCAGAGGCAGUCGGGCUUAGUGGCAGUGUGCAGUGCAUCGUCGGUUUCUACACAUUUUUUUCGCUGAUUGAACCGUGGCUCCACGGUCUUCCGUGGUGUGACAACGACGGAGUCAACCGCAGGAGCCAAACCGUCACCAACAGUAACAAUCAAUCUGAGCAGCAGCAGCAGCAGCGUUGCAGCAGCACAACGCGGCACCGACAGCACAGACACGGACAACACGGAGCAGCCAACCGACGACGAUGGAGGUAAGCAAUCACACAACUUCGACCCUCAGUCGGAGCAAUAGCCGAACAAGUUCAAAUUCCGAGCUGGAAAAGGAGCUGAUCGAUCUGGAGAUCAGCGGCACCAUCAACAAAUCCAGCACACUCAAAAAACGGAUCUCAAGCAGCCGGACGCCGGCGAAAAAAGCCAAGCGAAUACGGUUCUAUCGGAACGGGGAUAGGUUCUAUUCCGGUAGCAUCAUACCAGUAUCGGGGGAGAGAUAUAGGUCAUUUGAUAGUCUUACAGAGGACCUAACGAGACUGUUAGAAGAUAGUGUAACGCUGACGGGCGCCAUCCGGACAAUUUACACCCUCGAAGGGAAGAAGAUAGAAAAACUCGAAGACCUCGAGGACGGUAAAAGCUAUGUAUGUUCCUGUAAUAAUGAAGGUUUCAAAAAGAUAGAUUACAGCACUACCAAUAAUAGUAAUUCUGCGGCAAAGAAUGUCAAUAGACUGUCUAGACUAAUACGUCCAUUAUCGCCAAUCAAAAAUGGCUCGAACGGAACGACACCUCUCAAAGAAAUUAGCUCCGUUGUACAUCCUAGGCUCGUAACUCUAAUUAGGAACGGCGUGAAGCCUCGUAAGAUUCUUCGGUUGCUGCUAAACAAACGUAACAGUCCGACGUACGACCACGUGCUGCAGGCGAUCACGCAAUGCGUCAAACUGGACACCGGCUGUGUGCGGAAGGUGUUCACCCUGACGGGGGCGCCGGUGCUCAAGUUGGCGGAUUUCUUCGGCGAAGAGGAUGUCUUCUUUGCCUACGGGAACGAACGGGUCGGGAACGACGACUUCGAGCUGGAGCCCGAGGAGCGAAAGACAAUCCAAUCGAACAAGAAAACCCUGCGGAGCAACACGACACGGACGGGACCGAAGCCGAAGAUGCCCAUCAAGAGCCACAACGACACGUUCGUGUGCGUGGACGAAACGCUGCUCAAUGGGGUGGUUUCGCCGGACUCGCUGCCACUGGAACUGCAGAGCAAGUAUACGCUCGGCUCGAUAAUAGGUGAUGGCAACUUCGCGGUGGUACUAAAACUAAAGGAUAGAUCAACAAACGUGGAACAUGCCCUGAAAAUUAUUGACAAAUCGAAAUGCUCAGGCAAGGGUCACUACCUCGCGGCGGAAAUUCGCGUCAUGAAGAAACUGAACCACCCGUACAUCAUCCAGCUGAUACAGGACAUCGAAACGAUGAACAACAUGUAUCUGGUGCUGGAGCUGGUUCGGGGUGGCGAUCUGUUCGACGCCAUUACGAGGGUAACGCGGUUCUCGGAAAACCAGUCAAAGAUCAUGAUGAAGCAUUUGGCAUCUGCGAUGUCGUACAUGCACGCUCUCAGCAUCGUGCAUCGGGAUAUAAAACCGGAAAACUUACUGGUUGAACUAGAUAAAGACGGUAACGUGGUACUACUAAAGUUGGGUGAUUUUGGACUGGCUUGCGAAGUUACCGAACCAUUGCUAUCGGUAUGCGGGACCCCCACCUAUGUGGCGCCGGAGAUCCUUAUGGAAACUGGCUAUGGCGUGAAGAUUGACGUCUGGGCAGCCGGUAUCAUCUUGUACAUCCUGCUGUGCGGUUUUCCACCAUUCGUGUCGCCCGACAAUCAACAGGAGCAGCUGUUCGAUGCCAUCCUAAAUGGAUUCUUUGACUUCCCCGCACCAUACUGGAACAACAUCGGUGACAGCGUGCGGGACCUGAUAAUCAACAUGCUGCAGUCCGAUCCGGAGCUGCGGUUUUCCAGCGAAGACAUUCUCGACCAUCCCUGGCUGACCAGUAACGUGGUGGACGACACGCGAGAUCCCAACGGGUACCGAAUCAUCUCCAAUCUGGUCUAUUAGAUUAGAUUUCGCGCUAUUAGACAACUUUACCCUAACUUUUUGUGUGUGUGUACCGUUUGCGUUAUGAGUGAGAGAGAUUUGGAAUGAGCCCUGUCGCAUGGAAGACAAUUUCAAGUGGAAGAACCUAUCCUUAUUACCAUUAGCGAAUCUACUUGUGUAAAUCACAAUCUGCAAAUUUUACGUUUGUUUUAGAUAGUCACCAAAAUUUCUGUGAUGAUUAAGUUGCAUUAGUUUGCACAAAACAGAACGCCUAUUUUCUCCUAUAUUUCACCAACACCUAACUGCAAGUAUUUCUUUAUUAGUUCACUAGUGUGUGAUGGAUCAUCCUAAAUGUGAAAUCACCGCUGCUGCACUAUUAAUAACCCUAGCACUAUUUAUCAGAAGGAGAUAUUGUACAUAGCAUGAUUAAAAUAGUCAUUUCUUUUAUACCUCUCGUUUUUCUUCCAAUCUCUAUUCCAUAUCAGUACCGCAUGAGAUAGCAGGCGAAGAGGCAGUGAUGUUUAUGGAUGAAGAUACUCUUUAAGACGAUACGGAAAAUUAAUUAAAAUCAAGAAAACGCCAAAAAAGUGAGUUAUUGUGGGCACAUGAACUGUAUAUGUUUAAAGGUGAAAGCUAAAGGUCGUGAUCCGCGAGCGAACGAGUGUGUUGUGAACUUCUAUCACGUUGGCAUAGGAAGAGCGUUUGCCUUGUCGAAUCAUCCUGUACAUAGGUAUUUUAAGGUAUUUAUAUGAAGUGAACACAUUGAACCACUACCCGGACUUAAAAAGCUACUAUCACACAGUAAGAUACCAGAAAAUGUACUAUCUUGUACCCUAGUACUUCAUUUAAAUUAACCGAAAAUUAUCAUCACGGGAAACCUUCACCACACAGAGCGCUCAGCAACCCAGAAAGUAUAUAUUUGUUCGUUCGUUGUAAUUAUUGCUGUUGAGGCAAUUGCAGACUUUUAUUCAUUUGAAUAAUUUAAGCAUGCUUAUUUAUUAGGUACUAGGUUGAUGUUAGCUCAAUUUAUGUGUUGACCGUGGCGAAGUACAGCCAGAAAAAAUGAGAAAAAUGAAAAAUUGCAAUCCGUUCGAGUCUAGUUGUUUUAGUUAAACGUAUUUCAAAGGACUAUUGUGUACAUUUAGUUUAUGUUUUCCUGUAGGCUGUCUAGUUUCCAUUUGGUACUAUUAAUUUAUUUCCAGCUUUAGUUUUCCUGAAGUAUCAGUAACACACACGCAAAAAUAUGAUACUCGUUUUGUUUGUGAAAGUCAUUUUCAAUUGGAGCACGCGUUAGAAGUUUUCUUUCUUUUUUUCCUUUUUUGGUUAAGUUUGUUCUGUUAAGCAGUAGACGAGGUAGAAACCAACAAUCACAGUCGAAUAUGAAAGCAUUCAUGUGUACAGAAGCAAAUAGGUAUGAAAUUACGUGAUCCAGACGUGCAAGAGGAAUGAUUGAUUAUUCUGGAUUGAAAUACAUGAAUAUACCCAGUAUACUGAA